UGUCAACGUUACAGAGAUUUACUCAGAACUAGUAUCAGGCCAAAUCACGCCUUCAUCUAAUCUUUGGAUUUAUCGUUGUCAGACUUUCCUUGUGAUAGGAACGCAAUGCGGAAGUUGUAAUUGAACCCCUUUUCGUAACUUGGCCUGGAUUUCUUGAUGGAAAAAACGAGUAGCUUGUCUUAUAACUAGGGGGGGGGGUUGAAGUUUUUUUUUUUUAGGGAAAGCCCUUUUUUUCUGGGACUGCUGACGCGUCCUGCGUGCCGAAGCUGUGGAUUCCAAAGCCUCACAGCUUCCACCAUGUUUCUUCACUUUUUCGCUUUAUGGGUCUUUGUUUUACAGGCUGACUGUUACUUCUCGGAGGAAAAGUAUCCGGAGGAGUCGAAAAUGCAGCCUCCGACCGUGGUUGUCGCGAUAAUAGCCCGAAACAAUGCUCACUCCCUGCCGUACUACCUCGGAGCUCUGGAGAGACUCAACUACCCGAGAGACCGCAUCACUGUGUGGGCGGCCACGGAUCACAACGCGGACAACACCACAGCCAUUCUGAAAGAGUGGCUCACUGUCAUGCAGAAGUUUUACCAUUAUGUCGAGUGGAGACCGAUGGACAAGCCCACGUCAUAUGCGGGAGAGUUGGGUCCCAAACACUGGCCCAACAGCAGAUACGAGUAUGUAAUGAAGCUGAAACAGGCAGCUCUCAACUUUGCCAGAAAACGCUGGGCCGAUUACAUUCUGUACGCUGACACAGACAAUAUUCUCACCAACCCAGAGACACUCAACCUGCUGAUAGCAGAGAACAAGUCUGUCAUCGCUCCCAUGCUCGACUCUCAGGGAGCGUACUCCAACUACUGGUGUGGUAUCACUCCUCAGGGAUAUUAUCGCCGAACAGCAGAGUAUUUCCCAACCCGACAUCGCCACAGACUGGGCUGCUUCCCCGUCCCCAUGGUCCACUCCACCAUGCUGCUGGAUUUAAGGAAGGAAGGCAUGAAGAAGCUGGCCUUCUUCCCUCCUCAUGAUGACUACUCGUGGCCUUAUGAUGACAUCAUUGUGUUCGCCUUCUCCUGCCGGGCUGCAGAGAUACAGAUGUACCUGUCUAACAAGGAGCGCUAUGGCUACCUUAACGUCCCGGCAAAACCUCAUCACACCCUGGAGGAUGAUCGCCUCAACUUUGUCCAUGUUCAUCUCGAUUCAUUAAUUGAUGGUCCUCCAAUGCAUCCCUCCCGCUUUGUCCACAUGUUCCCCAAACAGAGAGACCUCAUGGCCUUUGAUGAGAUAUAUCUGAUUAAUCUGCGGCGACGUAAGGACCGCAGAGACCGCAUGCUGCACUCUCUGAACGAGCUGGAGGUUGAUGUCAAGGUGGUGGACGCUGUGGAUGGAAAUGCACUGAACAGCAGUGACAUAAAGAUCUUGGGUGUGGACCUGCUGCCAGGCUACUACGACCCGUUCUCUGGACGCACGCUGACCAAAGGAGAGGUGGGCUGCUUCCUCAGCCACUACUUUAUCUGGAAGGAGAUGGUGGACUUGCAGAUGGAUAAGGCUCUGGUCUUUGAAGACGACGUUCGUUUCCAGGCCAACUUCAAACGACGAGUCCUCAGAUUGAUGGAGGAGGUGGAGCAGGCUGAGCUGGACUGGGACAUUAUAUACUUGGGCAGGAAGCAGGUGAAUCCUGGAAAAGAGGAGGCAGUGGAGAAUAUUCGAAACCUGGUGAUGGCUGACUACUCGUAUUGGACUCUGUCCUACGCCAUCUCCCUGCAGGGAGCCCAAAAACUGCUCAAUGCUGAGCCUCUGUCCAAGAUGCUGCCUGUUGAUGAAUUCCUCCCCAUCAUGUACGACAAGCAUCCAAAUGAGGACUACAUGUCCCAUUUCCCCAACAGAAACUUACAAGCCUUCAGUACACGCCCCCUUCUAGUUCAGCCUUGUCACUUCGCCGGUGACCCAGAGUGGGUCAGCGACACAGAGACGUCGACUCUGUGGGACGACGACUCAGUACGCACAGAUUGGAGGGGUUCCCACAAGACCCUGAAAGGGGCUGCUCCACCCGAGAUGCUUUCAGCUGCCUACAAGGACGAACUGUAGUACGAACAGACGGUGCUGGACGUAUGUCAAAGGUCAGGAGUUCACACAGCGAGACCCUGAGAAGAGCAAGUGUUUUCAGACUUUAUUUCAAUCCACUCUGUGUCACAUCACUGACAUGCUCAGUAUCAUGCAAACUGGACUUUGUUUUUUCAAAGCAUGUAAGCAGGUGUUUGAUACAAAAUGAUUUAGUGUAUUUUUAGUGGGAAAUAAACAAGGGAUGGUGAAAUUGAGAGUGUGUUUAAAGAUUUGUAAAACAAUGUGUUUUAAUACUUGUACAGAUAUCUUAACAAAACACAUUUUUCUCUUUCAUUUCUCUUUUCCAGUGCUGCUUUAUCCAUCAGUCUAUCCAUUUUUUCUCUCCCAUUUUUGCAUGUCUUACCUCCUUCUUAUCUUUAACAGAUAGAGUUAUGUAUUACAGAAUAGCUCGACUGACCUAAAUCAACAUCUUUCAUGACUAUUUGAACAGAUUAAAAGCUGAGGUACCUCAUAGUUUUAAGGAAUGUAUGUGACUGUUCAAGUGCAAGACUUUAUUCAGGAAAUAUGUUAGUUUAACACAUUGAAUGUUUGCAUCUAAAUAAUUAAAGUAUUUCAGAAUGUUUUUUUUCUCCUUGAAAAUAAUAGUCAUGUAUAGAUUCACUGAAAACAUUGAUCUCAUGUGACAUACUUCUGCUCUAUGGCUGUGUUUUAAUAUUUCACUUUUAGUCCCAGACAUUAGAUGUGAAGAUCUGAAUAUGUUUGAUUUUUUGUUUUUUUACAACAUUAGUAAUUUUACUUCCACCAGGUUACUAUUAUACUCUGUCUCUUAAGUAUCAUGAUGUUUUCAGAUGUGUUUACAUAGAUUUUAGAUUCAAGGAUAUUAUCUCUUGCACUUGAGAGAUCACAAAAAAGACACACAGUAUGAUCUGUCAUUACUCCAUAAACAAGUGACUGUUGGCUCUAAUAUUGGCAUAAAUGGCAUCUCAAGAUGUUAACUCCAAUUAUCAAAGCGGAGGUUGCUCCACCUUCUGAUUAUCAACAGACCUUUUUUGCAAAGUGCAAUUUUUCAGAAAUAUCUAUCUACUUCUCAGUGCUUUAUUUUAUUUUGCCAUAUUAUUACUGCACUCAUCAAGCAGAGGUCUUUAAGAGCUUUUUUAAAACACAACCUUUUUAUAGCUUUUUUGUAGCAUCACUGGGAUCCUAAAACCUAAGACUGUGUUGACAGUGUGUCCGUACAGGGUUGCAAUGUAAGUUACUGAUGUAAUAAUGAUAACCCUCAUGGAUUUUCUUUAGGAUGAUUAUGUUACAAACAAUUUACACUUGUCUCUCUGGUCUUACUUCAUUUAUUCACUUCCUAUUUUAAGUGUUGACUUCUCUUUUUAUGUCUUUAUUUAUUUGUAAAGUCUAUCUUGAUGUUGUUAACAGAUAAGUCCGAUCGUUACAUGGUGCAAACAAUCAAAGUGCAAUGGCUUUUCUGCCAAAAUGGGUUCUCUCUCUCUCUCUCUCUCUCUCUCUCUCUCUCUCUCUCUCUCUCUCGCUCUCUCUCUCUCUCUGAGAUGAUGUUAUAAAUGUGGGUGUCUGGACAAUUGUUAAGCAAACUUUUCAAGCAUCAAUAAAUGAUUUUUUUCCCCAAA